UCCUGCCUAUCCUAACUGAUCAUAGUACGAGGUGAUAUAAGGCGAGGCUGCUCCGCGUUGUCUGACAAAUAUCGAUUGGUCCCGGCAUAAGCUUCGCGCGCGUCAUGCGACAAUCAUGAGUAGCGUAUCUUUACGCGACGACAUCGGUGAAAUUUGGAUCGCAUACGCGUCGCGGCCAAUUCAGCGCAUAGGAUUCCAACAAACUGUGUUGCUUUAGAAUGUCAUUGCAAUUUGUUACUCAUAAUGGACCAUGCGCAAAGUACAAGUCGUCAAUAUAUAAAUAUAAAAAUCAUAAGGUUGUAUAUUGCCUCUGAUACCUUUUUUCAGAGAGUAAUGUGGCAAUAUAAAAAAUUCUGGCUACUAUAGGCUGUCCGGCGCAUAGUUGAAGUAAAUAAAUUCUGAAAUGGACUCUCCGCCAUCAUGUUCAUUAAGCGCUGGGCCUCUCAGUGAUCUUGGUAGCAGUGGCCUAGGAGGUUCGAUAUCUAGUGAUUCCGUUCGAGCCCACCUUGCAAUAGAGAUGCAAGAAAGUGACAUAGAAAGUAAAUCUUUGUCACAAGAUUCUUUUGAUUAUUCGGAUGGCAUGUGCAGCGAAAAUUUUAACACAUUGAAGAAAGGUCCAGGCUGGGGUGAUACAGAUGGCAAAUUGGAAGUUGAAGUAGUCGAUGUAGCAAUCAAGCCACCGCCAGAAUUUCAGGACAGCCCAUCGCCACCAGAUUCGGAAUCUUUGUCGGCACCAAUUGUGAACUAUGCACAAUUGAUGAGACAUAGAACAUCAUGCUGGUUCGACGAUUACGUUGAGAAUUUGGUACAAUCGGCAGUAGAUGAGGCGCUAGUAAUUUCUUGUCGCAUCUCCUGGCCAGAAGGAAGAAUCGCGCCUGUCAUAAAUCCGAUUUCAAUGAUAACACGAACACAACAGACCAAUUCUAAACGCACAUGGGACCUAAUGACGCCACCGGUAUGCCAGGGUGCUGCUACUAUCACUAUUACUCCGUAUAAUACACUGAAUCGGCCGAACUCGCGCUGUUCAUUAGCUUCGUCACGACUAUCUAGUUCACAUAAUUCCAUUAAUAUCUCUGGGCUUGGCCACAAGGCCGAUGACAGUAGUUUUAUCACAUCUGCUAUGUCACACGAUGUAUUGACUACAAGCGAAAUAAGUGAUAUGUAUAAUGUGCCGUUUGAUUCGGAUAUUUAUACGGUGCCUAUUGACAUGAUACGACCGUUACACGACCUGCGAACGCCGCAGAGACCCAAACGACAUCGACACCAUCGCAAAAGACGGCGAAACGUUUCCGCGAGUUCGCAGAGUGAGUUGGAAGCGCACAUUCAGCAAGCACGCCAUUAUUGCGGUAAAUCCCGCGCCAUCACACAUGUCAUUAAAUCUCAACGCUUGCUGGCUGAUGUCUGUUGUAACGAAGGCAACCCGGGUAACGGUGGUAAACGACAUAGUGUGCCAGGCACUUCCGGUCGUCAUAAUAUUAAAACAUCGAAUGGACAUGCACACAAUAUUGGUGAACCGAUCCAUAUGACUUUACACGAAGUGCGACAAUAUCUACAGACGUUAUAUUCGAGCUCGAGCGACUCUAGCGAGAACAAGAUCAAGCGAGACAAAACGCCACUACUGGGCCAUACACCAGUACAUCUUGCCGCAACGGCCAAACCCCUCAGUAUAAAUAAUAAUAGGUAUAACAGUAAUGUGCAUACGGAUUCGUCCACGGACACACCAGUGUCCAACAAGAGCACCAGCAAUGGACUGAUGAUUCAUCAUCAUAACAACAAUAAUAACAAUCAUAACAAUAAUUCUAAUAAUGCAAAGAAACAUAAAAGGAAUGCGUUUGUCAGCAUCAGGCAUAAGAAAGCGCGCGAUGAAUCGCAUAAAGAAAAGAGUGAAUCCGAGCGAGAGAAGAUAAAGAAAAGUCAGCGUAAUUUCUCGCUAAAUCUUAAGCAAACACUUUGCAAUAUUUUCCGAUUUCGGCGAUUGGGUUCGCCGGAUCAUUUUGUGGAGAAACGUAAUAGCAUCGUACAGGGAGAGAUUGUUGAAGAAGAAGAGAAUGUUGAUUCUGAUCAGCAUGCAAAUAACAACAACACCGCUCCUUCUGAGAUAGAAUCGUCCGCUCAAAAAUUGCCGUUUUUUAAGCGCGCGUUGCCACCUCUACCUAAAAGUAAUAGUCAGAUAAAUGUGGAGCAAGCAGAAGAGGCUAUCACAGCAAUGGCACCCAAGUGCGAAUCUCCGAACGUGAUACAACAGGGAGAAUUUUUGUCGCCCGCCGCACGACUCGAAGAAGAUACCGCAGAGGACACAAGUAUGGACUUUGCUGCCAGUAUUGAAAAAGUAAAGGAUUACGGAUGGUACUGGGGACCUAUAUCCGGCGAAGCGGCGGAGAAGAUAUUAUCCAAUGAGCCAGAUGGCUCAUUCAUUGUACGGGACAGUAGCGAUGAUCAUUAUAUUUUUUCCUUGUCAUUUAGACUUAACAGUUGUGUACGACAUGUAAGGAUAGAACAUGAUCAGGGUAAUUUCAGUUUCGGUAGUUGCACAAAGUUCAAGUCACAUACUAUUGUUGACUUCAUCGAGAAUGCGGUCGAACAUUCACGUAGCGGUCGAUAUCUUUUCUUUCUACACCGGCGGCCAGUCCUGGGUCCGAUGCGAGUGCAACUACUCCAUCCAGUAUCACGAUUCAAACAAGUACAGAGUCUGCAGCAUACUUGCAGAUUUGUCAUCCUGAAGAUGGUGCGUAGGGAUUUGAUCCCGACUUUGCCAUUACCCCGGCGACUAAUCGAUUACCUCAGCACACCCCAUUACUACAGCGAGCAACUAGCGACUGAACAGGAUGACCGAGCUGAAUCGCCAGUUAGUUCAUCAACCGGCGAAUUGGAGAAGAUUUGCUUCACGCCGCAAGGUCUCUCGUGAGGUAAGCCACAGCAUUCUACACCAAACAGGAGCCCUUCAAAGCUGCAACAUGUCGAAGUUAAGUGCAAUAAUUGAAGUGAUUUUAAAUGAACAAGAGGGAACUUCAAGGAAUUUAAAUUUCCAUCGACGAUUAGGAGAUGAUAAUAAGUAUAUGUACAUCAAAUGUUUUUAUAUAUUUGUAACUUUCAAUGUUGGCAUCGCAAAAAUCAAUUGUUUUUGAAUGUAUAUUUCUUCUAGCAAAUGUGAUAUUAUUGAUAAACGAACAACUGCGAUAUUAGAUCUGUCUCAUCAAAAGCAGUACAUCGCCAAUAGACGCCAAUUAAGCGUUCUAUAGAAUGUAUUAUUGUUUAUUUUGCUUUAAAUUUUCUGAUUAUCUUCAUAAUUUUUUGCUUAUGAAAAUGUAGCAGCUUUGUUCGAAAGAUCUAUCGAGUUCUGACCAAAGUUUAACUUUGAUAUUACAGUCGCUUGACACAGAAUGUGAAAUACAUCUUCUUUGCCAAAGUAUAAAACUGUAUCCAGAGUACAAUAUUUGUAUAUAUUCUCAUGUUCAUUGUUAAAUAUAUAAUUUUGCGUACAAAAAUUUUUACAUAAUUAUUACAUAAAUUGUUUUUUAGGAUAAAUAUUCGCAUAGUAUUGGACAUAAUUUAUUGAAAAUUUAUGAAAGUG